CAUCUCGGCCGCUCACAUGUCCCCGCCCAGCGACCUAUUUCCCACCUCACCGACUGCUUUCGAGCUUCCCUCCCCUAAUCGCUUCCGGUUUGUUUCCGAGGCUCCACCCUUGCGAGCGGCUCGGCUAGUCACGUGGUUUAAUGGGUCCCACGUGAUCUCGCGGAGGCAGGAAGUUAGAGUGUGUUGUUUCCGGUGGGUUCACGGAGUACUCGGGAGGGGGGAGAGGCCUCGUCGGGGAUUGACUGUGACGUGCGGGAGCCUGAGCCAGAUAAGGCGCCAAUGGGCCGUUCUUUGGAAUACACUCCCUGUCUCAGUAGAAUGUCGGAUGAGAGGAGCUGCUUCCCAAUAGCACCGGCUGAGGAUGAAUGUGAAGUGAGAGUGAGCCUGGGCCAGCAGCAGUCACACACAGGAGACCUACACUUCUAGCUUUGGAGGCACCCUAUGUAGAAGCAUGCCGGAGAUGACUCAGAACCCACCCAAGGCUAAACACAGGAAGAAGAACAGAGAAAGUCACAAUGAGGUGGAAAGGCAUCGGAAGAAGAAAAUUAACUCUGGGAUCAAUCGCAUUGGAGACCUCAUACCCUGUUCCCCAGCCCUUAAGCAGAGUAAGAAUAUGAUCUUGGAUCAGGCCUUUAAGUACAUCACAGAACUGAAGAGGCAAAACGAUGAGCUCUUGCUGAAUGGAGGAGACCAAGAACAAGCAAUUGAAAUCGUAAGGCUCAGAAAGGAUUUAGCAGAAACUCAGAAGGAGAACGCUCGUUACAUAGAACUUCUCAAGAGCAACGACAUCUGCUUGUAUGACGAUCCCACCCUCUAUUGGAAAGGAAACCACAAGAACUCAAAAGCUUCCUUGGUUGUUCCGGCGGACCAGGUGCAGAAGCCCUUGUGCCUCAGUGGGAAUCAGCUGGGUUCCAACAACUCGACUGCAGCAGUGCAGGGGAUUACGUUCAAUGUGGGAAACAACCUACAGAAGCAAACUGCUAACGUUGUGCCGGUGCAGAGGACCUGUAAUAUAGUAACACCUAUCACCAUAUCUGGGGUUUCUCUUUUAGAAGGUAAAACAUGGCAGCAAAGUGCUACAACUAUAACAUCAUCCAGUCAGCAGGCUUCUCUGUGUCUUCCUUUAGCCACCCCAGCACCAAUCACUGUUGGCAUCGCUACUUCUAAGGUUGAGAGGUCAGUUCUUAUCCCCAUCAGUUCUGCAUCUCAUCCUUUAUUAAACAGUGCAGCCAGCCAGAUACAGUUUGCUUCCACCCAGACAUCCCUGCUUGGAGAGAACAGAGUACAAAGCAAUGAAGGUGCAACGCAUCCAGAUAAUUUGCCAAAAGUAUCUUCAUCCAUCUCUUCCAGCCUCCCAUCCAACUUGUCUUCAUUGGUUCCUGAAGUGCCGUUAGUUAGUGUGUCUGGAAUAAGUUUACAAGAAUCUCCAAAUUUGCUCCAGGGGCAGUUGUCAGGUGCUGCCAGCUGUGCAGUAAAGGAUGUCAUCCAGGAGAUCUUUCCUAGUAUCAGUACUGACUCUGGCCUUCACAUAGCAAACUCUUCCAGAGAGGUUGUAACUACUGCUGUAGAAACAGCAGCCGGAUGUGCUGUGAGUAGCGGUUCUGCAUCAUCACUGGGGAAUAGCUGGUCACUUAGUGCUGUACCAACUCGGGAUUUGAAAUCCAUUGGAAGUUUAGCGCGGGUUCCCUCGGAUGGUAACACGCAAACCACAUGGACAACUUUACAAAUAGCAGGAAGUACCAUCCAGCCAUUAAGCCAAGCACCUCCUAGUGUUGUUCCCAUGCUAGUAACUGAACAGCGACUGUGUCCCAAAGAAGUAAUUGCUAACAAACCAACCCCUUGUAUAAACUUGAGCAGUUUGACAUCAGACACUGGCAAGCCUGUUGAACAAGUCAUGGUAAAAAUGUCUUCUUGCCAACCUGUACAGAUGCAAUCACGGAUAUCCCAGCCACAGUCCGCAACUAAUAUUCUUCCUCUCAAUCAGCCAUUACAGGUCAUACAAGUGGCUCAACCAGUGGCACCAGCUGUUAACCCUGCGCAAGCCAAUCAAAAUAUUAUAUUUCUCCAGCCUCCUACACCAGCUCCUUGUACCCCUGUUAUCCAGGCAGAGGUUCCCAAGCCCACAAUUGGCCAGCAAAUUGUAAUAAUCCAAGCACCUAAUCAAAAUCCACUGCCUUUAAUGCCAACUCAGCCAACCCCCCCUGUUGUAGUACCCCUAAAUCCAGCCAACCCUGUUGUCUGCCCUUCAAACUCAGUGCAAAGCACAUCUCCACCACAGAUAUUUGGUGGCAAGCAUCUUGUCCAUAUAUUGCCGAGGCCAGCAACUUUAGUAGCACCUUCCACCACACAGUCUGCACCUUCUUCCACAGCGAGCGCAAACCAACAGCCACCAACGAUUUCUUUAAAUGGACAACUGUUUGCAUUACAGCCAGUGACUCCUUCUGCUGGCACAUCAAGUCAAACACACAUGCAGAUUAUCCAGCCCACCACUUGUGAAGACCCCAACACUAAUGUGGCCUUGAAUACUUUCGGAGCUUUGGCCAACCUUAGCCAGAGCAUCUCCCAAAUAGCUGGACAAAGUUGCUUACAGUUUACUGUUAAUUCUUCUGCAGCUGCUGUAACAUCUGCCAAUAUCCCCUUAAAUUGUGUCUCUACAAGCGGAGUUUCAACCACUACUGAAAGUCCACCUGUAACCUCAACCCCAACAAAUGCAUGCGCAAAACCUCCUGGUGGAUCACCAAGUUCAAAAGCCAAGAAAGGAAUAAAGAAAACAAAUGUUAAGAAAUCGGCUUCUUCUAGAAAAGAGGAUAUUCCCUCUAACAAAUCAGAUAAACCCGAAUCCGCAUGUGUACAGAGUUCUAAAUUGCCCUCUGCUGGUGAGGUUCAGAAAUUCCAGGAUAACGCAUGUAUGGUAACUUCUGUCCAAGGAAACUCAAAUGUGUCAGACAUUAGUUUAUGCAUCGGUAGUAGUACUGAGAGCGUCCAGGAAAGCAAUACUUUGAGUGUGUUAAAUACUGGUGUGGAAGAAAGACUUAUUCCCAAGCCCGCAGAACCUUAUUCCUCAGAAUUUUCUUCCUCUAGAGAUCAUGGUUCUGGUGCAGACACUUGUAUAACGCAGCUACCAGAUUCGUCACUAUCAGAAUCUAUAAAAUCUCUUGCUGUAACCAACAUUUCCACAAAGCCUGCUUGUCGCCAACCCAUGCAUGAUACAACUAUUAGGAAAUGUACCACUCAGUCAGGGGUAUCCACAGCUGGGCCUUCCCAAGUCUUUAUUGGCUCUGACGCUUGUGUUACUGAAAUAAACUCUGCUGCUUUAACUGCAACAGAUUUGCUAGAAGCACAGAUUUUGUCAGAUGAUCCAAAGGGAAAAUCUCUCUCUGUAGUAGAAUCCACAAAAGAAGUGGUUGGGGAUGAACUGAUCUACAGAAAAGAGAAGUCCAAAGAGUCUGAUGAACACGUAAAGCAGGAUGUAUCAUUACUGCCCAUAGCAGCCAGUUCUGUUUCCCAGCAUCAGUCCGGUACCACUGAGCAGGAAAUGGAAAUCUGCAGUUCUGUGCCUAAUAGCAGACAAACGGACUCCCCCAUGUCCACAAGCUCUAGCAGCAGCCGCAAUUUUUCUGUUGCCUCCAUGUUGCCAGAUGCAAGUAGGGAAGAUGUUACCAAUAACACUCCCCCAGUGACAGAAUUUACUGGCUGUUCCUUUGCAGAACAAAGUGAUAUCGUUGCUGUAGCCGCAAGGGCCAUUUUCGACCAGGAAAACUUGGCAAAAGGAAGACCCAGACAGCAGCUCGAAACUCCAGCUCCUGUGUCCAAUAACACCAACGCUACAUUGUUGACGGCUGAAUGUCGGAAUCCAUAUACACCUCAGGCUGAAAAAGAGAGCUUUAUUCAGUUGCCUGCAAAAUCCACUUCCUUUACAUCUCACAACACAAAUGCCAUCCCAAGUGCUGAUCGUAUGGAGGAAAAAAAUAACUGCCCCGUGGGAAUCAACACAACCAACCUCUCCCUGCAAAUUCCAUCAUCUCAGUCUCAAAAUGUAACUAGUUUAAGUAUAAAUAACUUGAUCCAACAUGGUGGCACAACCCAUUCCAUUGCUAACUUUGCAAAUGCACCUCAGACAUCGACUCAAGUAACUUUACCUCCAGCCUCUAAACCAGUUUUGUCCUCUGGUAAUUAUGAAAGCCAGGGUCACAGAUCUGCAACCUUAUCUGAAUAUUCUCAGGAGCAGCUGCAUUCUAUGAGGAGCACUGUCAUGCAAGUGACGCACACAACUGAGUCUCUGUUAAAGCAAACUGAUGAGCACCGGAAGGAUUCUAACAAGCGAUCGGCACAUGAGGAUGGCUUGCUUUCAACAGCCAAGAGACAAAAACAAUGCCAGGUCCCACUGAGACUCGAAAGGAUCCAGGCCCCGGAUGGUCUUGGAGGACAAAAUGAAAUCAUGGUCAACCAUGUGCCUUCCAAUACGUCUUCCUCUGUGUCUGGUGGUAAUACAGUGCAUGAAGAUGGCCUUGGUCCUUUAUUCCCUUCUAGUAAUAGUUUUGUUAGGCAGUCGGACCUCCGUUGUAGUUCUCAGACAUCUGUUUCAGAGCACCAGCAGGGGCAAAUGGCGAGUCAGCACCUAAUGCAGCAGCACACUCCAAAUCAUCAGGGGUCCCUACACCAUAGUAGUGUCCCGUACCUGAAGCAGCAGCAACAAGCUGGCCACUUAAGAGAGCAGCAUCAUUUGUAUCAGCAGCAGCAGCACCAUGUUCCUCAUGCAGAGAGUUCUGUACAUGCACAGUCUCGUAGUGUGCAGCAGCAGCAGAGACUGAUCCAGCAGGAUGUCCAGAUGCAGAAAAAGCAGACUCCCGUACAGAGCAGCCAGCCAACACGGAUGUCCUUGCAGCAGAAACAACAUUUGGCUGAGCAGAACCGGUCAAAAGGAGCCCAGACGCACCAGUCCCAUCACCAGCAGAUCCAGCAGCAAAUGCAGUCUCACUUUGGGCCUUCCCAGGCAGACAAAACAUGUGAGAAUACUGCACCCAACCGGAGCCACCAUGGUACUCAUCCACAGAGCCAUGUGUCCCAGGAUAUACUUCACCAGCAUCCACAAGAGGUUGGCAGCAGAACACAAGGACCACCAGUGUCUUCAGAGCACUUACUUGGCCACAGCCAAGUUCAGAGGCUGAUGACGUCAAGGAGUUUGGAGCAGCAAUUGGUUUCCCAGCCAAGCAUAAUAUCAAGACCAACAAACAUGGCUUGUACCACACACAGGCAAGAAAGGAAUAGAGUUUCUAGUUAUUCUGCUGAAGCCCUGAUAGGUAAGACCACUUCCAAUUCUGAGCAAAGGAUGGGACUUUCUAUUCAAGGCUCCAGAGUCUCCGAACAACUUGAAAUGAGAAAGUAUUUGGAUAUCUCUAGAAAUAAAGGCUUGGCAGUCCAUAAUAUUCAUGGUCAGAUAUCCAUCGAGCACUCUGUUAAUACGGAUGCCCAACGGCUCCCUGAUUGCCAGACUUUUAAGGCAGGUGGCUCUAGUCAACAGCAGAGGGGAAGCUUUGAUGCCCAGACUUCGAGACCAAAUGACGUAAACACAGUCUCCUCUAUGAGGGGCAUGCAGUCCCAAGCCUAUAAAAUUACACAGAACCAAAAUUUGUCCAUGGAUCAACAAAAACAUCUAUCAUACCAGUUAAGGCCUGACUUACCGCUCUCAAAUACUCUCCCAAUUCGUGAUAAUGAAAAUUCCUGCCACCAGAGCUUCAUGCAGAGUUUGUUAGCACCACAUAUUGGUGAACAGGUGGGGGUGGGUCAGAGGCUGAUUUCCAGUAAUCAGAGAAAUACCCAGUAUAAUCCAGCCUCUGGCGGGGUUGAAUACAGCUGCCCUACUUCCCGCGAUGCUGUUCAUCUUCGAAGAGAUGUUGAUGGACAGAAUAGGGAAAGCUGUGACUUGGCCAUUGCACAAGUGACUUCCAGGAGUCAUUCUUUAAGUAUUCCCUUCUCCAGUUCUACCUCCUCUGUAGAAAUUCCGUCUCGCAGCAUCAGCCCUAAUGCAUCAAUGCAGAAGGCAAACAUGAUGCGACCUAAUGAGGCUCAAGGUGCAAAAAACCAUUUAAACAUUCAGGUUUCCAUUAACAUGCAUGGGGUGGUCCAUCCGGCUAUUCCCCAGCAUUCCGUGUCCCAUAGCAACCUUGAUCAGAGGCAAAAUGUGAGGCAGCAAAAUCCCCCUGUAUCUCAGCGAUCACGACAUCUGCUGCUAGACAAUCCUGACUCCAAGGGCCGUCAGCCAGAAAGGAAUCGUCCUGGAAACCAAAGGCAUAGCAAUAUGUUUGAGCCUGCUCUGCCCCACCUUUCCUUAACUGGUCCCAGUAGCAUGAUACUUGGACGCCAGCAGCCGGUAAAUGAUAAAAGGCCGGGUAUUGUCCGUUUCAUGCCAGACAACACCCAGGUUUCCAGCGACAAUCCUGCUCCUGACCAGCACAGUCUGACUCAAAACUUUGGCUUCCCGUUUAUUCCUGAGGGAACGAUGAACCCCCCAAUCAAUGCCAAUGCCUCGUUUAUUCCUCCAGUUACCCAGGCUGCCUCCACUCGCACACCUGCACUUAUACAGGUUGAUCCUCCGAAUACACUGCCAUCUUUUUAUCCACCAUACUCACCUGCCCAUCCAAGCUUGUCCAAUGACAUUACUAUUCCCUAUUUCCCCAAUCAGAUGUUUCCAAACCCCAGCACAGAAAAACCCAACAGCACUGGUCUAAACAACAGGUUUGGGACCAUAUUAUCCCCACCACGGCCUGUGGGAUUUUCUCAAACCACCUUCCCUCUUCUCCCAGACAUGCCGCCAAUGCACAUAGCCAACCCCUCCCAUCUGUCCAACUUCAACUUAACGUCCCUCUUCCCUGAAAUUGCCACGACUCUUCCCACUGAUGGCUCUGCCAUGUCACCUCUACUCUCCAUUUCUCACUCUUCUGGAUCAGACUCAUCGAAACAGUCCUCAAACCGACCAGCACACAACAUAAGCCAUAUCUUGGGCCACGAUUCCAGCUCGGCUGUGUAAAAACAUUUACAGAUUAUUAUUAUUAGGGAAAGUGUGUAUUUACAGCUUAAACCAUGGAAGGUUUAUGCUCUUCAUAUGUUGCUGUGGGACAGCAGUUUGCAAGCUGAAAUACUGGUAUAAGUUGUGCAACAGUUGGCUUCCUGAGCUAAAUGUGUGAUUCUUAGUUUAUACAUGUGGCAGCCAUAUUGUUUCCAUCACGUUACAGUGUGAGCUUAUGCUCAGAACAUUGCUUUUUAUUAUGUUCAUGUGCAUUGGUGCAAGCUGUUAUAUUGCUGCUUUUACACAGCAUCUUAUAGGAAACCCUAUUGUCUGUUUGAGCUAAUACAACAGCUGCCAUCUGUAUCUAUAAAUUCAGAAGUACAGAGAAGGCCUGCUCUGGGCACACAGUAUAGGAAACAAUAUGACCGCUCUCGCUCAUAUGUGGAAAUAUAAAUAUUCAGUAUAUCUAUGCCAUCAGAAUUUAUAAGAGAUCUGAACACGGUUUAACUCUUGGUGCUGAGGACUCACUGUACUUGUAGUGCAGAACAUGUUAAACCCAUGGUUGUCCAAUAGCUGCUAAGCCACAGAUCUCAAUGAGUUCAAGCAGUAAAGCAAAUGCCGAAGAGGUGCCGUCGGGCUGGCAGUUGCUCUCCUACUGUAAAUACUGUACACUUAUAUCUUGGACAUGGCACAGAUUGAGUCUCCUGUAAAUAUGUUGAAUAUUUUUGUACUUUUUAAAAUUUGUUUUUUAUCCUGCGCUUUGUGAUUCGGAUUUGAAUCUGGGGCUUUAGUUCUCUCGGGAUUGGUCGGGCGUGGACCUCUUCUUUUUUUUUUUUUUUGUAUAAAGGCUCUCAGAUCUUGCAUAACGUAUAGAAACGAGUCAAUCUUCUGAGCUUUUUGUUUAUUUAAAGUAACAAUCUGGUUGUAAUAAUUCUUUGUAAAGAUUUAAACUUAUUUUAUUAAUAAAAUAAUUACUGCAUAUC